CAAUUUCUCUGGUUUUAUUUUAAACAAAGUCAGCGGAAAAAUGACUUUUUAUCGAAGAAAUCGCGAACGCAAGGAAAUAUCUAGACCAAGUUCUGGUACUAGAAAAGGAUUUCUAUUAAUUUCAAUCAUCGUUUUUCUACAAAAUUUUUCAUUUGGUUUAGCGGUUGAUAAUAGUAUUUGUGAGGGAAAACCAAUGGGAUAUGCAGUUGGAGAUCCAGAUGACUGUACUGGUUUUUUUGAGUGUAUUUUUGAGGAAAUAGAAGCUGGUAACUGUCCUACUGGGCAAAAGUGGGAUGAUAGUGCUAAAGCAUGUGUAGUUGGAAAGUGUCCAGUAUGUAAUUGUGACCCAACAACAACUGCAAGUCCGACAACUGCAAGUCCGACAACUGAAAGUCCGACUACGGAAAGUCCAACAACUGCAAGUCCGACAACUGAAACUCCGACAACUGCAAGUCCGACUACGGAAAGUCCGACAACUGAAAGUCCGACAACUGAAAGUCCGACUACGGAAAGUCCGACAACUGCAAGUCCAACAACUGAAACUCCGACAACUCCAAGUCCGACAACUGCGAGUCCGACAACUGCAAGUCCGACAACUGAAACUCCGACACCUUCAUCAACAGAACCUGGAAUAGAAUGUCCAGCCGGACCAAUUUGUCAACCAUCCGAACAUGGAACUGCCCACCGUGAUCCAAAGGAUUGUAGAAAAUACCAUGUGUGCAAAAAUGGAGUAGCUGAAGCCCAUUUAUGUGACAAGGGCAAGUUUUUCGAUGAAAAUACUAAUUUGUGUAAUUUUGAUGUAUUGGUACCAUGUACUCCAUGUACAAUUGAUGCAACGACAGCGAUAUCUCCUUCAACUCCUUCGCAAGGAAUCGAAUGUUCAAACGAACCCUAUUGUCAACCAUCUGAACAUGGUACUUUCCAUCGUGAUCGAAGUGAUUGCAAGAAAUAUUAUGUAUGCAGAGAUGGAGAAGCUGUUGAACAUUCAUGCGACUAUGGAAUGUAUUUCGAUGAAGAUGUAUUUGUUUGUAAUUAUCCAUCAUUGGUUUCGUGUACUCCUUGUACACCAGGAUCAUCAACAUCUUCAAUUUCAACUCAAACAUCAACACCUUCUUCUUCAAGUUCAUCAUCAACAAGUACUCCAACUUCUACUUCCAUUUCAACUUCAACCUCAACUUCCACUUCAACUUCUACUUCAACUUCUACUUCAACAUCUACUUCAACUUCCACUACAACUCCAACUCCAACUCCUACUUCAACUUCUACUUCCACUUCUACUACCACUACAACUCCAACUCCUACUCCUUCUCCAACUCCAACUUCUACUCCAACUCCAACUUCCACCUCAACUUCAACUCCAACUUCCACUACAACAGCAGCUCAAUGUUCAACCGAAAAAAGUUGUCAAACAGUAUCAGACGGUUCUUUUUAUCGUGAUAGACAAGAUUGCAGAAAAUAUUAUGUGUGUCUAAAUGGAAUCCCUAUAGCCCUUUACUGUUCAGAAGGUCAAUAUUAUAACGAUGUUGCUAAUGUCUGUGAUUAUGCAUCAAAUGUUGUCUGUAAUACAAAUGAAAAUUGUACACCAACAACAGCAACAACAACCGGAACCGACACUGAAACAGUACUCACUCCGACACCAUCGCCAUCAACACCAGUUUGUCAAUCUGAACCUAAUUGUAAACUAGAACGAAGCGGAGCCAUGUUCCGUGACCCCAAAGAUUGUUCAAAGUUUUAUUUCUGUAGAAAUGGAAAUGCUUAUGGUCGUUCAUGUAGAAAAGGUGAAUACUUUGAUGUGAAUGUUUUUGCAUGUUUGUUUUCCACACUUGUCGAAUGUACACCAGAUGAAAAUUGUAUAACACCACAAUCUACCAUAACUGAGGUAACUUCAACACCGAGCCCAACAACAAGUCCAACACCGAGUGCAACACCGAGUUCAACUUCACCUUCAACAACCUCGGUUCCAAAUGGUCAACCUGAUCCAAGCAUCACUGAUUGUGUAAAUCUUCCUAAUGGAUCAUUCUUUAGAGAUUCUGUACAUUGUUCUGUUUUCUAUGUGUGCCGCAAUAAGAUGGCAAUCAAACAUACUUGCCCGUAUAAACAAUUGUUCGAUGAUAAUGCGAUGGUGUGUAAUUUUAGAAGUUUGGUCGAUUGUCCUUCGGGAAUGGAUAGUUAUUUCUCUGGUUUUAUUUUAAAAAAAAAGUCAGCGGAAAAAAUGAUUUUUUAUCAAAGAAAUCGCGAACGCAAGGAAAUAUCUAGACCAAGUUCUGGUACUAGAAAAGGAUUUCUAUUAAUUUCAAUUAUCGUUUUUCUACAAAGUUUUUCAUUUGCUUUGGCGGUUGAUAAUAGUAUUUGUGAGGGAAAACCAAUGGGAUAUGCAUUUGAAGAUCCAGAUAACUGUGCUAGCUAUUUCGAAUGUAUUUUUGGUGAAGCAGAAGCAAAUAAUUGUUCUCCCGGGUACAAGUUCGAUAUUGUUUCUGAAGGAUGUGUAGUUGGAAAUUGUGAUUCUGUAACAACAACAACAACUGAAGAUCUGACAACUGAAAAUCCGACUACUGAAGAUCUCACAACUAAAAGUCAGACAACUGAAAGUCAGACAACUUUAGCGGUUGACAGUAAUAUUUGUGAGGGUAAACCUAUGGGAUGGACAUUUGAAGAUCAAGAUGACUGUACUCGUUAUUUUGAAUGUAUAUUUGGUGAAGUAGAAGCAAAUAACUGCCCUACUGGGAAAAAGUGGGAUGCUGUUACUGAAUCAUGUAUAGUUGGAAAUUGUGAAUCUGUAACAACAACAACAACAACUGAAGAUCCGACAACUGCAAAUCCGACAACUGAAGAUGUGAUAACUAAAAGUUCGACAACUGUAGAUCCGACAACUGAAGAUGCGAUAACUGAAAGUUCGACAACUGCAAAUCCGACAACUGAAGAUGCGCUAACUGAAAGUCCGACAACUGCAAAUCCGACAACUUUGGCUGCUGAUAAAAGUAUUUGUAAGGGUCAAAUAAUGGGAUGGAGAUUUGAAGAUCCAAAUGACUGUACUGGUUUUUUUGAAUGUAUUGGAGAUGAAGCAGAAGCAAAUAAUUGUUUGCCUGGGUUUAAGUACGAUGCUGGUUUUCAAUUAUGUGUUGUUGGAGAGUGUGAAACUGCAACAACGACAACAACUGAAGAUUCAACAACUGCAAGUCCGACAACUGAAACAACGACAACUGAAAGUCCGACAACUGAAACUCCGACAACUCAAAGUCCGACAACUCAAAGUACGACAACUGAAAAUCCGACAACUCAAAGUCCGACAACUGGAAGUCCGACAACUCAAAGCUCGACAACUGAAAGUCCGACAACUGAAAAUCCGACAACUCAAAGUCCGACAACUCAAAGUACGACAACUCAAAGUCCGACAACUGAAAAUCCGACAACUCAAAGUACGACAACUUCGUCAACUGAACGAGGAAUAGAAUGUCCAGCCGGACCAAUUUGUCAUUCAUUGGAACAUGGAACUGUCCAUCGUGAUGCAAGGGAUUGUAGGAAAUUUUAUGUUUGCAGAAAUGGAGAAGCUAUAACCCACUUAUGUGACAAGGGCAAGUUUUUUGAUGAAAAUACCAAUUUAUGUAAUUUUGAUGUAUUGGUACCAUGUACUCCAUGUACAUUUGACGAAUCGACGACAUCUUCUUCAUCUUCGACUUCGACCUCAACAUCAACAACAACUUCAACAACAACUUCAACAACAACUUCAACAACAACUCCAACAACACUAAUUUGUCAAUCUGAACCUAAUUGUAAGACAGAAAAAACUGGAUUCAUGUAUCGGGACCCCAAAGAUUGUUCAAAGUUUUAUAUCUGUAUAAAUGGAAUAGCUUAUGGUCGUUCAUGUAGAAAAGGUGAAUACUUCGAUUUGAAUGUCUUUGCUUGUUUGUUUUCGUCAGUUGUCGAAUGCAUACCAAACAAAAAUUGUCUACCCACAUCCUCUAAGAUACCUCAAGUAACUUCAACACCGAGACCAAUUUCAACUUCAACUUCAAGAGCCCUCGUUCUAAAUGGUCAAGUUGAUCCAAACUUCACUGAUUGUUUGAACUUACCAAAUGGGUCAGUCAAAAGACAUCCCGUGCAUUGCUCUGUUUUCUACGUGUGCCGCAAUGGCAUGGCCAUCAAACAAACCUGCAUGUAUAAACAAUUCUUCGAUGAAAACAAGUUGGUUUGUAAUUUUAGAGUUUUGGUUGAUUGCCCUUCAGGAUUGUAUUAGAAAUAUGAUUUUUAUAGCAAAAUAUAAUUCUAUGUUCUUGAAAUUGUAAAAGAAGAAAUAUAUAGAAGAAAAAAAA